AUGAUGGCGGCGACUGUGGUGGCUCGAGUGCUGGCGGGGACGCGACGGGCCCCGGCGCUCUGGCAGAUGCGGUGGCUGCCGCUGGUGCUGGUGCUGGUGGCGGUGGCGGCGGCGUCAGAGCAGCAGGUGCCGCUGGUGCUGUGGUCGAGUGCCAGAGACUUGUGGGCUCCUGCGGCCGACACCCACGAGGGCCAUAUCACCAGCGACAUGCAGCUCUCUACCUACUUAGACUCCGCCCUGGAGCUGGGCCCCCGCAAUGUGCUGCUGUUCCUGCAGGACAAGCUGAGCAUCGAGGACUUCACGGCGUACGGUGGUGUAUUUGGAAACAAGCAGGACAGCGCCUUUUCUAACCUGGAGAAUGCCUUGGACCUGGCCCCCUCGUCUCUGGUGCUUCCCGCCGUUGACUGGUAUGCGGUCAGCACUCUGACUGCUUACCUGCAGGAGAAGCUCGGGGCCAGUCCCCUGCACGUGGACCUGGCCACCCUUCGGGAGCUGAAGCUCAAUGCCAGCCUUCCAGCCUUGCUGCUCAUCCAUCUGCCCUACACAGCGAGCUCGGGUCUGAUGGCACCGAAGGAAGUCCUCAUGGGCAAUGAUGAGGUCAUCGGGCAGGUGCUGAGCAUGCUCAAGUCAGAAGACGUCCCAUACACAGCGGCCCUCACGGCGGUCCGCCCUUCCAGGGUAGCCCGUGAUGUAGCCAUGGUGGCUGGGGGGCUAGGUCGCCAGCUGCUACAAAGACAGUCGGUGUCGGCUGUGAUCCAUCCGCCUGUGAGUUACAAUGACACUGCCCCCCGGAUCCUCUUCUGGGCCCAAAACUUCUCGGUGACAUACAAGGAACACUACGAGGAUCUGACCUCGCUCACCUUUGGGGUCCAGGAUCUCAACCUGACUGGCUCCUUCUGGAAUGACUCUGUUGCCAGGCUUGCACUGACCUACGAACAACUCUUUGGUACCACGGUGACAUUCAAGUUCAUUCUGACCAACCGCUUCUACCCAGUGUCUGCCCGGCACUGGUUUACUAUGGAGCGCCUCGAAAUCCACAGCAACGGCUCCAUCACCGCCUUCAACGCCUCCCAGGUGACGGGGCCCAGCAUCUACUCCUUCCGCUGUGAGCAUGUCAGCGGCGCCAACAAGGACGGCGAUCUCCUGGUGCCUGGCACACAGCCCUCCCCCUGGCAGAUCACUUUUCAGGACUUCCAGAUCCAGGCCUUCAACGUGACGGGGGAACAGUUCUCCUAUGCCAGCGACUGUGCCGGCUUCUUCUCCCCAGGCAUCUGGAUGGGGCUGCUCACCUCCCUCUUCAUGCUCUUCAUCUUCACCUACGGCCUGCACAUGAUUCUUAGCCUCAAGACCAUGGACCGUUUUGACGACCACAAGGGCCCCACUAUCUCUCUGACCCAGAUUGUGUGACCCUGCGCCUGUGAGGGGUUGAGGGCAUCGUGGUGUCUGGGUUGUCACUUUCCCACCUUAAAGUGUGCUGGACAGAAGGGCUUCCCCUGUUCCUACCAUAGCAUGAGUCCCCAGUUCCCCUUGGCCUGUCUGGCUGCCUGUUCAGCCCGCUGAGGGUCUCCCCUGGGCUGCCCCCUCCCCAUCUCUACCAACAAGGUGUAUAUAUUCUGAACAGAUAGUAAAUAAAUCCCCUAGGCUUGGUCAUUGUGAGGGAAAAUCGUGUGAGUUCUAAGCCCCCUCGUCCUUCCCCUUUUUCCUUAUUUAUUCUCUUUUCUCCACCUUCACCCUUGCUGUUUAUAGUGCUUUUGUGUAACCAGUGCUCCCUCCUCAGGCUUUAUUGGGCUCCUUGCAGUAGCCAGGAGCUGGAGGUUCCCUAAGUUCGGGGAGGGGUGUGUGGAAGUACUAUUUAACUGUCUUGCUUGGCUGGCAUUAUUGUCUUUUGGUGAUGUGCUAACAAUAAGCAGUACAGUGGGGUUUAUUUCUUUGGCCUGAGAAGGAAAGGACCUCCAUUCAGGUUGGGCUGGGUGUGAUCACUGGGUUUAUGGCAUAUUCUUGCCAGGAUUGCCUGGCAGGAGCCUGGGGUGCUCCUGGUUUCCUUCCUAAUAAAAUAAAGACCGGUCGCCAUGCUUGA